AUGCAGAGCUUCUACAGACAGGAGAGGGUGUGGGCAGAGCUUCUGGGGUGAGGGUGUUUGUGUGGGGUUUUCCAAGCCAAAUUUAAUAGUGAACUUCUGAGGGCUUGUUGAAGGCAAAGCUCCUGGAGAAGCACUUUUUGGUAAAAUCUGAGAGAGGAGCUAGAGCAUGGAGUGUGUGUGAAUGGAGGCUGCUGUGUUGCCCUAAGAAAUAUGGACAGGUUAUGAAUUUGAUUAGAUGCUUAAGAGCUUUGUGCUGGGUGGUGCCUGGGAGCUUGAGCUAGACUGCUAAGCCUAGGGAAAUAGGUUGUGAAUUCAAGUUUUGGGUCCAAAACCACAACAUUCUCCCAGAGCACACAUUCUUGACCCUGAGCUCAAGCCUUGGGUCCUGCCCUUGAGACACCUGGAUGCCCAUUGAACUGAAUCUUAGAACCUUGGAGGAAUAUUGUAAACCUCCAGAAACUUGUAUCCAAAUGGGGUCCAGUGUGUACCAGAGCUGAGAACUCUGGACUCAGACCCAGUCUCUGACACAGUGUAAGCUCAGCUUCCUAAUCUGAACGAAGAACCGAUUUUUCCUGGGCUUAUUUGCUAAUCAACAUAUACUUGCUGGGUAUUGUGAUGGGGAUAGGAGAAAAAGCAGUGAAAAAGACAGAUGUAGUUACUGACCUCACUGAUGUUCUAUGUUAGUGGAAGAGACAGACAAUAUACAUAUGUUAACAAAUGAAUAAGAUAAUUUUAGAGAGUGAAUUGUGGGGGAAAAAUAGAAAUAGUAUAGAGAAUGAUGGGGGCAGGUACUUCAAAAAUAUUUGUUAGGGCUGGAGGUAGAUCAGUAGUAGAAUGUGCUUAGCUUGUGUGAAGUUCUUGUUUCAACACCCAGCAAUGAAAAAAAAAGAAAGAAAAGAAUGAGGAAUGAAAAAUGGCAUUCAGGGAAGGGUUUUUCAGACAGAGGAUACACCAAAUGUAAGAGGUAUCAGCAAGCUGGACAUAAUGGCACAUGCCCAUAAUCCCAGCAGCUCUGGAGGCUGAGGCAGAAGAAGUGCAAGUUCAAAGCCAGCCUAAGCAACUUAGCGAGACCCUGUCUCAAAAUAAAAAGGGUUGGGGAUGUAGUUCAGUGGCUAAGUGCCUCUGGGUUCAAUCCCCAGUUCCAAGGAAAAAAAAAAAAGAGGUAAUGACAAAAUUAAUUCAUAAAAUGAGACAACAGGUAAGUGGUAGCCAGUAUCAUUGCUAUUAUCCUUGACAUAUACUGCCUGGCUUGAGCAUCUACUUUAUGUUGAGACCCACAGGAGGACGAAGAGGUCCCAACAGGACAUCUUACUGUCGAAAUCCGCUCUGUGAGCCAGGAUCCUCAGGAGGCUCUGGUGGGGGCCACACUUCUAGCGCAUCAGUGACCAGUGUCCGUUCUCGCACUAGGAGCAGUUCUGGAACAGGCCUCUCCAGCCCUCCUCUGGCCACUCAGACAGUUGUACCUCUGCAACACUGCAAGAUCCCCGAGCUGCCAGUUCAGGCCAGCAUUCUGUUUGAGUUACAGCUUUUCUUCUGCCAGCUCAUAGCCCUCUUCGUCCACUACAUCAACAUCUACAAGACAGUGUGGUGGUAUCCACCCUCUCACCCACCCUCCCAUACCUCCCUGAACUUCCACCUGAUCGACUUCAACUUGCUGAUGGUGACCACCAUUGUUCUGGGCCGCCGCUUCAUUGGGUCCAUCGUGAAGGAGGCUUCUCAGAGGGGGAAGGUCUCCCUCUUUCGCUCCAUCCUGCUGUUCCUCACCCGCUUCACCGUUCUCACGGCAACAGGCUGGAGUCUGUGCCGAUCCCUCAUCCACCUCUUCAGGACCUACUCCUUCCUGAACCUCCUGUUCCUCUGCUAUCCGUUUGGGAUGUACAUUCCAUUCCUACAGCUGAACUGUGAUCUCCGUAAGACAAACCUCUUCAGCCACAUGGCCUCCGUGGGGCCCCGGGAGGCAGUCAGUGGCCUGGCAAGAAGUCGGGACUACCUGCUGACACUUCGGGAGACAUGGAAGCAGCACACACGACAGCUAUAUGGCCCAGAAGCCAUGCCCACUCAUGCCUGCUGCCUGUCACCCAGCCUCAUUCGCAGCGAAGUGGAGUUCCUUAAGAUGGACUUCAAUUGGCGCAUGAAGGAAGUGCUCGUCAGCUCCAUGCUGAGUGCCUAUUAUGUGGCCUUUGUACCUGUCUGGUUUGUGAAGAACACACAUUACUACGACAAGCGUUGGUCCUGUGAGCUCUUCCUGCUAGUGUCCAUCAGCACCUCAGUGAUCCUCAUGCAACACCUGCUUCCUGCCAGCUACUGCGACCUGCUGCACAAGGCUGCUGCCCAUUUGGGCUGCUGGCAGAAGGUGGACCCUGCGCUAUGCUCCAACGUGCUACAGCACCCGUGGACUGAAGAAUGCAUGUGGCCGCAGGGCGUACUGGUGAAGCACAGCAAGAAUGUCUACAAGGCAGUGGGCCACUACAAUGUGGCCAUCCCCUCCGAUGUCUCCCACUUCCGGUUCCAUUUUUUUUUCAGCAAACCCUUACGGAUCCUCAACAUCCUCCUCCUGCUGGAGGGUGCUGUCAUUGUCUACCAGCUGUACUCUUUAAUGUCCUCCGAAAAGUGGCACCAGACCAUCUCACUGGCUCUCAUCCUCUUCAGCAACUACUAUGCCUUCUUCAAGCUGCUGCGGGACCGCCUUGUUUUGGGCAAGGCCUACUCCUACUCAGCCAGCCCCCAGAGAGACCUGGAUCACCGAUUCUCCUGAGUCUCAGGGUAACCCCAGGAACAGCAUCCAGGCUUCAGCCAGGAGCUCCCUGGAAAGUGGCUGUUGGGGAGGGUUGAGUGUGGGGUUUAAAAAAAAAAAAAAUCCACCAGAGCUUUGUAUUUUUGUUACGUAUUGUUUCUUUCUUUGAUAAUUGAUGUGACGAGAAAAAAAAAAGUCCUAUUUUUAUAUUCCCAA